AUGUUAUUAAGCCCUGAAUAUGGAAAUAAAGAAAUAAAUACAUUGUCGUCGUCAUGUAUAACUCAACAUUAUCCACAUUUUCCUCCUAACAUCAUCUCUACCAUACCAUACACUUCACAAAUUGCCGCUAAUGUUUCACAACUUCAAUUAAUGCUAAAUGGUGGAUGGAUGAAUACUCAAAUCCAUCCUGAAUUUGCGACAUUGAAUCAAGCAGAAACAUUAAAUCAACAAGGUCAAUAUCUACUUCAUAAUGCAAAGCCUCGUAAGCCUCGCAUUGCAUUUGAAUGUUUUUUCAUAGCGGCCAAUUUUGGUUCGCAAAAGGGAAAACAUCAAGUCGCAUACUGCCUACAACACGGAUUUGGCGUCCCAAAAAAUGAAACAAAGGCAGUGGAACUAUAUUUAGAGAUUGCAAAUUCUGGAAAUCCAAUUUCUGCCUCUUUAUGUCAGCUUGGAAUAUGUUUUCAAAUGGGUAUAGGAGUUCAAGCUGAUGCAACGCGUGCAAUCGAUUAUUAUGAACGCGCUGUUCAUAUGGGAAAUCAAGACGCGAUGUUUAACCUUGCAUAUUGUCUUCGUUAUGGGGUGGGAACUGCAGUUGAUAAUAAAAGGGCAUACAAUAUUUAUCUUCAACUUGCACAUUUAGGCGAUCCUCAAGGAAUGAAAUUUGUGGGAAAUUGUAAAUUAUUAGGACUCGGUACAAACCGAGAUAAAAAAGAAGCGAUCGAAUGGUUCAAAUGUUCCAGUAAAAGUGAUAUAUAUUGGGGAGGUAGAGUUGAAUAUGCUUUAAAUCUUUUAAAUGAUGGAACAUCAGUGAAUACUUUACAAAAUCGCCGUGAAGCAUUCGAACUAUUAAGAUCUGUUUGUGAAUCAUUUCCCACAUCUCCUGGGCCAAUUAAAUUAUUGCUUGGCAAAUGUUUUCAUUUUAGCAUAGGAUGCCAAGAAGACUACAUAAAGGCAUUGUAUUGGUAUCAAGAAGCAAUAAAAAGUCAUUUCAUGCCUUUAUAUGCGAUACGAGAACAUGAGUCAAGUGCAGAUAGUGUCGGAAGAAAAUCUAACGCUUUCCCUAAUAUCAAUAAACAACAUAAAAAAGGUGCAUCGGUAUCUUUCUAUUUUCCUUCUCCUCCUGCAAACACAUCAUCAUCUCCUCUAAAAUCUGUUCAAGAUCCUGAUGACAGUAAUAACAAACCAAUGAAUAUUGAGAAUGCAUUACAGGAUACUCUUACCUCAUUGAGACGUAUGAGCCAAGAUAGAG